AGGGGCUGUCCUUCACCGGGAUUGCCUUCUCCCGGGCACCGCUUCACGCCAGGCUCCAAGGGUAGCUGCUCUGCUGGGUACCCCGCGUAACGGCGGAAACUGAGCGGUGGGCGGGACCUGGCGCCGCCCCGCCCCCGCGCUUCCUCCUCUUUCACUUUCCUUUCCGCGGAAAGCGGGUCGGGUCCUGCCUCUCGAGUAUGGACGACCUGGACUGCGAUUCCACCUGGGAGGACGAGAGCGAGGAGGAUGGCGAGGACGGCCAGGCGGAUGAUACGGGCGAUGAGGACACGGGCGACGAGGACGGCGACGCGGAGGAGACACGGCCAGGCGUGUUCCAGUCUAGGAUGACAGGGUACCGAAAUUGGCGAGCUAUGCAGGACAUGCGAAGGUACCGACACCACUACCCGGAUUUGGCAGAUCAAGACUGCAAUGGCGACAUGUCCAACCUGAGUUUCUACAAAAAUGAGAUCUGCUUCCAGCCAAACGGUUUUCUCAUUGAGGACAUUCUUCAGAAUUGGAAAGACAACUAUGACCUCCUUGAAGAGAAUCACUCCUACAUCCAGUGGCUAUUUCCUCUGAGGGAACCAGGAGUCAACUGGCAUGCCAAGCCCCUCACACUCAAAGAGGUUGAGGCAUUUAAAAGCUCCAAGGAGGUCAGAGAGCGUCUUGUCCGGUCCUAUGAGCUCAUGCUGGGCUUUUAUGGAAUCCAACUUGAAGACCGGGAUACAGGUGCUGUCUGCCGUGCACAGAACUUCCAGCCGCGCUUCCACAACCUGAACAGUCACAGCCACAACAACCUGCGUAUCACACGCAUCCUCAAGUCGCUGGGCGAGCUGGGCUUAGAGCACUACCAGGCACCGCUGGUCCGCUUCUUCCUGGAGGAGACACUAGUGCAGCACAAAUUGCCCAGUGUGCGCCAGAGUGCCCUGGACUACUUCCUGUUUGCUGUGCGCUGCCGGCACCAGCGCCGGGAGCUCGUGCACUUUGCAUGGGAGCACUUCAAGCCUCGCUGCCAGUUUGUCUGGGGGCCCCGUGACAAGCUGCGGAAAUUCAGGCCCCAGGCUAUACCCGCUCCACUGAUGGUACUAGGGCAGGCAGAUAAGGAUGAGGGCUCCAGGAACCCUUUCCAAGAGGCUGACACCCAGGGUUGGACCUGUGGAUCUGGAAGGGACCUGAGUGGGGACAGUGGAACUGAGGAUCCCUCGCUGCUGAGCACAAAGCCCCAGGAUGUGGGAGCCUUGGAUGGGGACAAGAGGGACGAGGCUGAGUCACUGAGCCCCAAAGAGAGUAAGAAGAGGAAGUUGGAGGGGAACAAGCAGGAGCAGACCCCAGGGGAGUCAGACCCCCAGUGUGUCUCUGAGGUAGAGAAAAUUGCCCUCAACCUUGAGGGGUGUGCCCUCAGCCCUGUCAGCCAGGAACCCAAGGAGGCUGAACAGCCCUGUCCUGUUACCCAUGAGGCCAGGGUGGCUGAUGAGGUAAGAAAACGGAGAAAGGUGGAGGAAGGGGCUGAGGGUAAUGCAGCUGCCAGUAACCAUAACACCGAAAUGCAGGCCCAUGCCCUGCCUCCUACUCCUUCAGAGUGUCCUGAGGCCCAAAAGGAUGGGAACGGGCCAGAGGACCCAGAAAGCCAGGUGGGGCCAGAGCAGGGUGCCUCUGUGAACUUGGUGGAGGACCAGGGGAGCCUGGUGGAGGACCCUGGCCCUGACACCACAGGAAUCUCAGUGGAUGAAUCAGAGGAAUUGUCGAGGGUGGGGGCCUCUGCUGAACCCCCAAAGCCUUAGAGGUGCAUCUCAGUCCCACUCAGCCCACUGCAGGGGUUCCCGUGAGUACCAGAGCCCUGGCUUUUGGUUCUUCUCGGUGCCCCACAGUGCUGGCCUCUCCCUGGUGGUCACUGAAAAGUCCACCAGAGGGACUGAGGCCCUGCCCUCAGGGAAGGCCACUGCCUUCAGAAUCCUCCUUACCUCACUGUGUCCUCCUCUACUGCCCUCUGAGCCCCUGUUUGUGAACAGACCCUAAAGGGGGAGGGGGGCUCUUUUCUUAGUCUGGUGCCAAGUGAGGCCUUUUCUGAAUAAACUCUUCAGACUUUGUU